UCUUCAGAAAACCUGGUGGUGAACAGCUGAUCCAGCAACAGUCAACGAAAGGGUGUAGCAAAUGUCAUUCCGGUCGAGCAUGGGCUCGGAAAGUACCGUUAUGUAACACAGUACAUUUUGCUUCAUUAUUUGUGUAUUUUGUCGAGUAUUUCAGAACUGAAUAAAUAAUAAUAAAUCCAAUAAGUUACCAAAAUUUUCGAUUAUAAUUUGAGUCUUGAAAAGAUGUUUUAUCCUCGACCUUGUAUAAAACAUAACGGACAGGUAUAAUUAAAUCACAAUGUCAGCAGAAAUAUGUCGGAUAUGCCGAAAAUUAAAAACUGAUGCAGCUAGCUUUGUAUCACUAUUCUCGAACCGUGAUACUGACGAGGGUUCGUUAGCUGACAUGUUCGAGAUUGUGGCCGGCGUCUCGGCUAGUCCAGAGGACACAAAUAUGCCACAGGAAAUUUGUUUGGAUUGCUCUAAACAACUUGAAAUAUCCUUUGAGUUCUGCAAACUUUGCGUCGAAUCUGAUAAAUUCUUACGGAGUCAAUGCAGCUCGGAGAUAAUCGUUCUGGACGACGACAAACCAAUUCAAUUAUCGGAAGAACAAUCACAGCCCGGUCAAAGCAUUGAAUCAACUUCCGUUUAUCUCAGCGACUACGACGUCUCUUUCUAUCAAAUAAUAUUGGAUCGUUAUUUUUACAUGGUGUUAGUUUUCGUGGCUCAUCGCUGCUGUGGAUGUCAUCAAGCAUUUGCUUCAGUUGAUGAACUACGUGUUCAUUCACAGCAUGAUCAUAAGCAAAACUGCACAAUCCUCAGCGAUCAUCAAUGCCCAAGAUGCUUUAUGUGCUUCUCGAGUGCCGAUGCUCUCAGCUAUCAUCGUCAAUCCGUACAAGAUCAUCUAUUCUGCUGUCGGGAAUGUUACCUGCUUUUUGAACAAAAGCACACGUUGUUUGAUCAUUUGCGGCAAUAUCAUUAUAGAGUGCAAGACGAUCUUGAAAAAGAAUUCUACAACAUGGAAGAUCAGAUGAUUGAUCACAGUAUUUUUGAGCCGGAAUCUAAUCUAGUUGUAAGCCACGUUCAAUCUUUGGCAGAAAUUGAUACGAGCGUCGAUCCUUACACACUAGGCUUUUGUGAGCUGUCGGCGGAUUUGAAACUUAGCCAUUUAAAAACCUCCCAGUACAAAGUUGCGGAACGGAAUGACGGUUUCUCUAUAAUAGAUUUCACCUGGCAUCGGUGCUGUGCGUGUAAUCACAUGUUCUCCAGCCAAGCUGAACUGGAUAUCCACUGCACCGAGGAACACAGAAACCCGUUCGGUCCACCGCAAAUCGAAGGAAAGCCUUUUAUAUGUAGGCAAUGCUGGCGUGGAUUCAAACGGAAAAGUUUGCUCAGUUUGCACCAGAAGUUUAAUCGGAAAAAGGUCUACGCAUGCAACGUCUGUUUGCGUGUCUACUUUGGACGGCCGGCCUACGAGAAACAUAUUCCUGGGUGUAGUACCGAGCAAAAUGACCCCGGUGCAGUGAAACCAGUUCAGCUCACUGCUGCAACAGAUGAUUUUACUGUUACGGGUGCUCGGCUGGAAGAAGUGAAGGAGGAAUCUGACGAUGAUGUUUAUAUUUUGAAUGAUUGAGUUGGAGUAUAUGGACACUAGACGGUCCGAUUCUUAGUUUGCCAUUUUACGUUAUAACUUUGCUAGAUAUAAGAAAUAUCAUUUAAAAUUUUAACAACAAAUUAACAUGCAUAUUUUGUCUAACCCAUACAAUGGAUUUUAAAAAUAAAAUUGGAUACUUGA